GUGUUCCUCCACUUGGCGGCUACAUAGCAGUUCCAUCUGACGGGUGAACCUGCAGCCGACCAACAACAACCUGCAACCUACCUAACAUAUCAUUUACUCAAAACAACUCCAUCAUGUCCACUCCCUCCAACAAUGAAGAACGCAUGCGUCUCCAACUCUCGUCGGUACCCGAGACGAGCAGCAGCCCGAUGGUCUUCCCGAGCUCGUCGGCAGGACAUCCGACCAGUGAUGCUGCACCUCACUCAGCCUCACGCGUCCAAGGAAUCAGAAGAACCGCACAGAGUCAUAUCAACUCGUCAUCUCCCUUGCGUUUUCCUUCUAGCUCUAACUCGACCAUCACUGGCAGACGGUCGGGCCGUGCAAAUCCAAAUCCCUCGAGUGAACCAUUAUUCUUUCCACCCUCUUCAGGCGAAGGUACUCCACGUGCAUCUCGCCCAUCCAACCGACGAGGGGACAUUCAUUCCACCGUCCCCUCGCUCUCAUCUCCAUCCGCCCACCCCAGGUUACAUGCGCAAGUGCCAUCCUCGAGUGCCGGGCUAGGCCAAACGCCGAAUGUGCCGGGCUCGGACCUUCCUUCCCAGCAUGACACCUCCAGCCAGGCCGUGCCCGCCGAGCCGGAAACUCAGACUGUCAUCUGGGGCACCCUCGUCUCCCUCCAGGACUCCAUGCAAACCUUUCGUCAGUUCUUGCAGGGCUUCAAGAGGAAAUAUCGUCUGGCUUUCGACCUCAAACUCUCUCUCGAUGACGCCUCAAUGCUUUCUAAUGGCGAUCAAUUAGUCUAUGUCGAUUAUAUGCGCAAGAUGCGUCUCACUUCACAGACAAACUUGAACUUGGACUUGAUCAAUUUAUUGGCGUUCCCACCGACCAAAAAUCUAUACAACCAAAUUCUAAAUUAUCCACAAGAACUGAUCCCAAUAUGUGAUCAAGUACUGAAGGACUGUGUGAUUGAAUUAGCCGAAGAGGAUCGAGAGAGAGGGGAUUUGGAAUCAGAAGCGGUACCGGGGGAUGAAGAGAUAGCAGAGAUGGAAGGACGAAUCUACAAGAUCCGGCCGUUUGGCUAUGCGGGACAAUCGCCGGAAAGCACAGUCACGACAGCCGCGGGCCAGCCGGUCCAUCGAGGGGUGAACAUGCGACUACUCAAUCCGGGGGAUAUCGACAAGAUCGUGGCGAUUAAGGGAUUAGUGAUCCGGGCCACGCCGGUGAUCCCGGACAUGAAGCUAGCCUUCUUCAGGUGUCUGAGUUGUGGACACGUGACCACCGUCGAGAUCGACCGAGGAAAGAUCGCCGAGCCGCAACGGUGUCCCCGUGAGGUUUGCAACCAACCUGGGGGGAUGAGUCUGAUCCACAACCGGUGCGAGUUCGCCGACCGACAAGUCAUCAGAUUACAGGAAACACCAGACGAGGUGCCCGAUGGUCAGACCCCUCAUAGCGUCAGUCUGUGCGUGUACGAUGAACUUGUCGACUCCGCUAAGCCCGGUGAUCGGGUCGAGAUCACCGGGAUCUUCAGAAGCGUCGCCGUGCGCGUCAACCCUAAACAACGAGUGAUCAAAAGCCUCUUCAAAACUUAUCUCGACGUCCUUCAUAUCAAACGGAGUGACUCAAGACGAUUGGGAGUGGACCUUAGUACCCGAUCGACCGAUGGAAGGACCAAUGAAGGUGUGGUUGGAGUGGGCGGAGACGACGAAGAAGAACAAACGUCUGGAGGAGGAGUAUCUUCUUCGGAAGAUAAUCUGUUCAGAACGGGGGCCGACAAUCCGAGCAAUCGAGCCGAAUUAGAAGAGAAACUGUUGGAAUUGUCUCGUCGCCCGGAGAUCUAUGAGAUCCUCUCGCGAUCCUUAGCCCCUAGUGUUUGGGAAAUGGACGACGUCAAAAAGGGGAUUUUGUUGCAGCUCUUCGGGGGGACUAAUAAGACCAUCGGUGGCUCGGCUGCGAGUCGUAAUGGCUCCGGUGGCCCUCGUUAUCGUGGUGAUAUCAAUGUGCUUCUGGUUGGUGAUCCGGGUGUUAGUAAAAGUCAAAUCUUACAGUACGUACACAAGAUUGCACCUCGAGGGGUUUAUACCUCAGGAAAAGGCUCCUCGGCGGUCGGCUUGACGGCAUAUGUGACCCGGGACCCGGAUUCACGACAAUUGGUAUUAGAGAGUGGGGCGCUAGUCUUAAGUGAUGGCGGGGUGUGUUGUAUUGAUGAGUUUGACAAGAUGUCUGAUGCGACACGGUCGGUGUUACAUGAGGUGAUGGAGCAACAGACGGUCUCGAUCGCCAAGGCGGGAAUCAUCACCACCCUUAACGCCCGUACUUCCGUCCUGGCUGCCGCUAAUCCCGUCGGCUCCAAGUACAAUCUCGCCUGGCCUAUCACUAAGAAUAUCGACCUCCCUCCCACCCUGAUCUCUCGCUUCGAUCUUCUCUAUCUCGUCCUCGAUAAGGUCGAUGAAGCCUCCGAUCGUAAACUUGCUAAACAUCUCGUCGCGCUUUAUCUCGAGGAUCGACCAGAGACUGGCGGUUUGGAUAUCUUGCCAGUACAAACCUUAACGGCAUACAUUUCGUUUGCAAGGAACCAUAUCCAUCCGGUGUUGACGGAAGAUGCCUGUGACGCAUUAGUGCGAGCAUAUGUGACGAUGCGCAAAGCGGGAGAAGACAGUCGGACGAGCGAGCGACGGAUCACUGCCACGACUAGACAGCUCGAAAGCAUGGUCCGACUCAGCGAGGCGCACGCCAGGAUGCGCUUCAGUGAGACCGUCGACGUCGCGGAUGUCGAGGAGGCUAACCGUCUCAUUCGCGAAGCCCUGAAAGAAAGCGCGACUGAUCCAAUCACCGGAUUGAUUGAUUUGGAUCUUUUACAGACUGGCCAAGGUUUACACCAACGUAAAUUACAAGAAGAUCUGAAACGAGAGAUUCUGAAACUACUAGACAGUGCGCAAACCCAAUCGACGGGCGGAGUGCGGUGGCCGAUCCUGUUCGAAUUGCUAGCCAACCAAUCCUCCCUUCCGAUCGACCCGUCCGAGUUCGCCGAUGUGCUCAAAGCGCUCGCUGAUGAAGGCCUCGUCUCGAUCUCCGGCGAACGCGAUAAACGCCUCAUCUUUCGCACGUCUAGUCUUAAUCCUUCUUGAUUGUUUUUUUUUCCUGCUCUGGUCUUUCUUUUUUUUUUUUGCGUAUGGGAGGGCCCUUCUAGUCUUGUUUUUUUUUAAUGUUGUCUCUUGUUUUAUUUAAGUGAGAGGGGUUAGAUGUAGACUGGGAAAAGGAAAUUCUAUCUGAUUUCAGAUCAAGGUGAUAAACAAGGGAAUGUGUAAAUCAAAUAAACAAGUCUGAGUUAUAUGAAUAUCACUUCACUUUUUGGGGGGUCAUAUUGCGUUGGAAUGCAGAUUCUUUGGCAAGA